AGUGGGGUAAAGUAAUACAGUUUAUGACUUUGUGGCUAUGGUAACUAAUGUCGACCUGGCACUAGUGGGGUUUUUUCUCUCAAUAUUGCUGACAUGUCACGUGUCCUACUUUUAUCUGUACACUCGUAACAACUUAAUAAUUACGAAACGUAUAUUCGAUCAAAUAAGUCACAAGUCGCCUCUUCCUCUCUGUUUUGAAAGUAAAUUCCUGGUAUAGUAAAUAUGAUGGAAACUGACUAGCCUUCCACCAACCCACUGCUAUUAGAUUAGGGGGAAGUAGAGAACGAUUUAACAUUUGAGGAAAACGGAGAUAUUCUAGGGAUGCUCCCAAAUCAAUCAGAGGUGUUGACUAAAAUGAUACAAUAUUUGGUUUAAUGAUAAACUAUGUUUGAUAUUUAUUGCGGCCAACAGGACAAAGCCAGCCCGUUCCCCUCUACCCUCACGGAGUCCCCGGGUCAAACGCCUCCCCGGACCGCUUUACUGCUGCGUCUGGUCGACUGCAGGAAAACACCGGGGCAGAGUGGAACUGAGAGAGGAGAAAAGAAGGAAGAUGGAGAUUGGAUUUCAUUAAGUAAGAACCAUGGGUACAGCCCAAACCGUUGCUCUCUCAGUGGGAGGGGCUUAUCAUCUGGAGAUCCUAAACAACAACGUGAUGCUGACAAGACGUCUCUCCAGAAGAGUCUCUUCAGAUCAGAACGUCUCAAUAGCUGUGAUCAGUGUGGGAAGAGCUUCCAACAAUCACACCUGAUUACACACCAACGCACACACACAGGAGAGAAGCCUUACAGCUGUGAUCAGUGUGGGAAGAGCUUCAAACAAUCACACCUGAUUACACACCAACGCACACACACAGGAGAGAAGCCUUACAGCUGUGAUCAGUGUGGGAAGAGCUUCAAACAAUCACAACACCUGAUUACACACCAAUGCAUACACACAGGAGAGAAGCCUUAUAGCUGUGAUCAGUGUGGGAAGAGCUUCAAUCAAUCAGGAGCCCUGACAAUACACCAACACAUACACACAGGAGUGAAGCCUUAUAGCUGUGAUCAGUGUGGGAAGAGUUUCAGGACGUCAGGACAACUGACUACACACCAGCGCAUACACACAGGAGACAAGCCUUAUAGCUGUGAUCAGUGUGGGAAGAGCUUCAAUCAAUCAGGGACCCUAACUACACACCAACGCACACACACAGGAGAGAAGCCUUACAGCUGUGAUCUAUGUGGGAAGAGCUUCAGGAAUUCAGGUCACCUGACUAUACAUCAACGUAUGCACACAGGAGAGAAACCAUAUAGCUGUGAUCAGUGUGGGAAGAGUUUUGCUAGAGAUUUCAACCUGACUAAACACCAGCUCACACACACUGGAGAGAAACCUUACUCUUGUCUAUGUGGAAAGAGCUUUGCUCAUUCAGAGUCACUGAAAAAACACCAGAAAGCCCUUUCCUCUCUGGCACCGGUUCAAGAUCCCUAAAUAAAGUUUCAUUAGAAAACAUCUUGCAAAGAGUCAUCUAUCUCCCAUUGUCUAACAGUUUACUCAGUCUGAUUGCCAUGGUAACCUGUGUAGAUAAUAUGCAGCUCUGGAUCUCUAAAAACAAGUCUCUCACCGUUGCCGCCUGCUAUAGACCACCCUCUGCCCCCAGCUGUGCUCUGGACACCAUAUGUGAACUGAUUGCCCCCCAUCUAUCUUCAGAGCUCGUGCU